UUAAAAAAAGCUUCUCUUUGAUUUUUCUCUAACGUCAAAUUCCAACCACACUACUGAUUCUUCAUUCUCGACUCUCCUUAUUGUAGAAUUCAGACCACGGAUCUUUCUUCAUCUCUCUAAAUUUAGGAAUUUUAUUUUUCUUUUUCCCUUUAUCCCUCUUCCUUCUGUUUUUUCUUCUUCCUUUUUGGCAAAUUUUCUUCUUACGUUUUGAGUUGGUGUUAGAGUUUCUGAAUACUAUUAUUUAAUUUUGAAAGAACCCAUAUAGAAAGAUUCAAACUUUCCAAUUUUUAGUCCAAGGGCCCAAAUACCAUAGAGACGGAUUCUUUCCAAAUCUUCAAAAAUUUACCGUUAUAUGAUUUCGUUCAUGUAGUAAUUCGACGAUCCGGGUUAUCUUGAUCUCUCCCAUAAUCUGAUUCUAUUGUUCUUGAUCUGUCCACCAUCUGUUGUGUGUAAUAAUCUCAAGAAUAUACAUUAUUAUCCAUAAGAAUAUGAUGUAUGGAAGCACCCACAGCAAGAUAGACCUGGCAAUUGAAUACCAAGCGCAGGUACCCGCACUGAGGCCAAGCAUUCGUGCAAGAAGGGCAAACAUAACGGUCAAAUUUCAAGAUCUGUAUGGUUUCACAGUGGAAGGCAAUGUGGAUGAUGUCAAUGUGUUGAACGAGGUGAGAGAGAAGGUGAGAGAACAGGGCAGGGUAUGGUGGUCAUUAGAGGCUAGCAAAGGUGUAAAUUGGUAUUUGCAGACUCAAUUGAACUCAACCCUCAAAUCUUCGCUCAAAUUCUCUGUUUUGGUCAAUGCUAUAACGCUUAAGAGGCUAAUUAGAAAGGGUAUCCCACCAAGCUUGAGGCCUAAGGUCUGGUUUUCCUUAUCGGGGGCUGCCAAGAAGAAGUCCACCGUUCCUGAGAGCUAUUACAAUGACUUGACUGGUGCAGUCGAGGAUAAGGUUACCCCAGCCACGAAACAGAUUGAUCAAGACCUGCCUCGAACUUUCCCUGGUCACCCAUGGUUGGACACUCCUGAAGGUCAUUCUGCUCUUAGGCGUGUUCUUGUUGGUUAUUCAUUCCGCGAUUCUGAUGUUGGUUAUUGUCAGGGUUUAAAUUAUGUUGCAGCACUGUUAUUGCUAGUGAUGAAAACAGAAGAAGAUGCUUUCUGGAUGCUCGCUGUUCUCUUAGAAGAUGUGUUAGUUAAUGAUUGUUAUACUUAUAACUUAUCUGGAUGCCAUGUUGAACAAAGAGUGUUUAAAGAUCUGCUGACCAAAAAGUGUCCAAGGAUAGCUGCUCAUUUGGAAGCUAUGGAGUUUGAUGUUUCUCUUGUUUCCACAGAGUGGUUCUUAUGUCUAUUCUCUAAAAGCUUGCCAUCAGAGACAACUCUGCGGGUAUGGGAUGUUCUUUUCUACGAAGGGGGCAAGGUUCUGUUUAAUGUAGCAUUAGCAAUUUUCAAGAUGAAUGAAGAAGAGUUGCUCAUGACACAUCACGUUGGCGAUGUGAUUAAUAUUAUACACAGAACCACUCGUCAUCUUUUCGAUCCUGAUGAAUUAUUAACGGUUGCCUUUGAUAAGAUUGGGUUUAUGACAACGACGACCAUAUCAAAGGAACGGAAAAAGCAGGAAUCGGCAGUGCUGGCAGAGCUCGAUCAGAGAUUAAGACGGCUAAAUUCUGUGAAUGAGGACGACAAAUAACAGAGGUUUGAGGGCAUUUGUAGCUUCAAAUUCAUAGUUGGUGUAAGUAUGAAUUGCAAAUUUUGAGUUAUUAGGGGUUAACUUAUAUGAUGGCACUUGAAAUAUGAUACUCGAGGAGGGUAUUUGUGUUAUACUCGAACGCGUAGCUAAUGAGUUACGUGAAAAUGUAUCUCCCGACUUGAUUGAGAAACUGUAAGGAUUCAAUUGAAUUUUAAGCCUCUUUUUUCCGUUC